CUCCCAAAACUUGCCUCAGCCAAAAAGGUAUUUGGUUGUGUUGUGCUUACUGCCUUGCUGCUCUUGAGUCUCUGCAUUCUAGUAUUCCUCUAUCUGUUCCUGCUCUUGCCUCUGCUUGGCUGCUGCAUCUCGGUGCCUUGUUCUGCCCCCAUGCUCUCAGCCCUGUGUUCCAGCCUCCGCUUGGUCAUGGCCAGCUGUGCAGAACUGGCCAAUCUCCAAACCAUCUCCUCCGUGACAGAUAUUUCAGAACACUGGUGAAAUUGGACUUACUCCUGUCUGUCCUUGGAGUUCCAAACAGAGAUGGAUUUUCUGCCACGUGCUGAGAAUCUGUGAACGGAACCUAACAUGCUGGUCUGCUGUAAGGAGAUUCACAGACAAGAUGUAACCUUUAAAAAUGGAAACUUGUUUAAAAAGGAACAGAUAGCAACUGGAGCGAAAGGAGUGGAUCCUCAUUUCCCUUUGGAUGUACUGGAUUUUCAGAACGAUAUGUUGAUUCGGAAUGUUCCGAGAAAGAAUUGUGAAAUUUAUUUCAUCUAUUCAGUCCAUGGAUUUUUAAAUUGUUCUUCAGCGUCAGUGAAUUUCUACAAAGGUGUGUGAUGGGAAUCACAGCUUAUCUCUGUGUCUGUCGACGGUACAUUGUGGAUUAGUUUGCUAUUGCAAGGUGAUAAUUCCAUUUUGAGGGACAAGGAACAGAUGUGAUGGAUUUACCUUCAGAAAUGAGCAGACAUGGAAGAAAUCCACUUAGUCACAAGCUGGAAGACCAGAAGAAGAUUUACACUGACUGGGCUAACCAUUAUCUAGCAAAAUCUGGCCACAAGCGGCUGAUCAAGGACCUGCAACAGGACAUUGCAGAUGGAGUUCUGCUAGCAGAAAUCAUCCAGAUCAUCGCAAAUGAAAAGGUUGAAGAUAUCAAUGGCUGCCCUCGAAGCCAAUCUCAAAUGAUUGAGAAUGUUGAUGCCUGCCUUAGCUUUCUGGCAGCCCGAGGUGUAAAUGUCCAAGGUCUUUCUGCUGAAGAAAUAAGGAAUGGAAAUUUGAAAGCCAUUUUAGGGCUGUUUUUCAGUCUGUCUCGUUAUAAACAGCAGCAACACCAACAACAACAGUACUAUCAGUCUUUGGUUGAGCUACAACAGCACGUCUCUCAUUCUUCAGCUCCCACUGAGAUUGGCCAGCCCAAAACACAGCAAGAUAUGCAGUCCAGUCUGACAGCCAGAUAUGCAACUCAGUCUAAUCACAGUGGAAUUGCAACCAAUCAAAAAAAGCCUUCUAGACUUCCCGGACCCUCAAGGGUGCCAGCUGCAGGCAGCAGUAUCAAAGUCCAGGGAGCCUCAAAUUUAAAUAGAAGAAGUCAGAGCUUUAAUAGCAUUGACAAAAGCAAGCCUCCACAAUAUGCAAAUGGAAAUGAAAAAGUCGAAUCAUCCAAAGGUCCUCACCCAUCUACAGGCAUGAAUGGAAAUGUACAGCAUCCCACCAGCACUGGGCAGCAGCCGGUCUCUGCCAUCCCCUCUCCAAGUUCCAGCAAGCCUUGGCGCAGCAAAUCCAUGAAUGUCAAACAUAGUGCCACAUCUACCAUGCUAUCUGUCAAACAGCCUAGUCCUGCAACCUCUCCUCCACCACCUUCAGAUAGGCUUAAACCUCUUUCUGAAGGACCAAAACCUCCUUCGUCUGGGCAGAAAUCCAUGUUAGAAAAAUUCAAGCUAGUAAAUGCAAGGACUGUUCUACGGGCCCCUUUGUCAUCAAGUUCAGCCCCCAGUGAAAGUGGGAAAGAAGAUGAAGCCUUUUUAGAGUGUGGUGAAAUGGAUGGCUUCUGUAGUGGGCUUAUCAGUGGUGGCUCCACCAGCAGUAGUCCUAAAAUAUCUCCUAAACUAACCCCUCCAAAAGCUGGAAGCAAAAAUCUCAGCAAUAAAAAGUCUUUGCUGCAGCCAAAGGACAAAGAGGAAAAGAACAGGGACAAAAAUAAAGUUUGCACAGAGAAAACAGCAAAAGAAGAAAAGGACCAGAUCACAGAGACGCCUGCAAAAAAGACCUCAAAAAUUGCAAGCCUGAUACCCAAGGGGAACAAGGCUACAUCAGCCAAGAAGGAAAGUUUAAUACCAUCAUCCAGUGGAAUACCAAAACCUGGAUCUAAAGUACCAACAUCAAAGCAGAGCCCUUCACCAACAUGUCCGGGAAGCAAAGAGACUGAAAAACUGAGAAGCUCUAAAGGAAAUCAACCCCUGUCAACAGCAAAGUCCCAGGUUAAUGAGAAAGCAUAUGUUCCUUCUGGUCCCCCAUCUUCUGAAGUGAAAGAAUCCAGCACAGCUCUUACCCCUAGUCCAUCUGCUGCUGUUUCAAUGGUCACUAGUGGGCAAGCAGCAGGAAACAGCAUUGUCCAACUUCCUCAGCAACAGCAAUACAGCCACCCAAAUACAGCCACAGUAGCACCAUUUAUUUAUAGAACGCAUUCAGAAAAUGAUAGUACCUCCUCUCUCCCACAUGUUGACUCCUGCACCAGUCCUACAAAAAUGGAUUUGGCAUAUAGUAAGACUGCCAAACAGUGCCUAGAGGAAAUAUCUGGGGAAGAUCCUGAAGCAAGAAGAAUGAGAACAGUAAAGAAUAUAGCAGAUCUGAGGCAAAACUUGGAAGAAACUAUGUCCAGCCUUAGAGGAACUCAGAUAAGCCACAGCACAUUGGAGACAACAUUUGACAGUACUGUGACAACCGAAGUGAAUGGGCGAAGCAUUCCAGGCUUGACGAGUCGCUCCUCUCCAGUGACCUGGAGGCUUGGACAAGCUAGUCCUCGUCUCCAGGCAGGUGAUGCUCCUUCCCUGGGUGGAGGGUACCCUCGCAGUGGUGCUAGCCGAUUCAUCCAUACUGACCCUUCUCGAUUCAUGUACACGACACCUCUUCGCCGUGCAGCUGUGUCUCGCCUUGGGAACAUACCCCAGAUUGAUGUGAGUGAAAAAGGAAACAGCGAUCUCGAUAUUUCCUCUGAUAUUGACGUUGGAGGUUACAUGAGUGAUGGGGAUAUUCUUGGGAAGAGCCUGCGAGCUGAUGACAUCAACAGUGGAUACAUGACAGAUGGAGGGCUCAACCUGUACACCAGAAGCUUGAACCGAAUACCAGACGUAGCUGCCUCCCGAGAUGUUAUUCAACGGGGAGUUCAUGAUGUGACUGUGGAUGCAGAUAGUUGGGAUGACAGCAGUUCAGUUAGCAGUGGACUCAGUGAUACUUUGGACAACAUCAGCACGGAUGAUCUGAACACCACAUCGUCAAUCAGUUCUUACUCCAAUAUUACCGCCUCUUCAAGAAAGAAUACACAGUGUCAUGUGAAGAUAGAUUCAGAAAAACAUUCAGUAAUAGAUGGAGAACCAUGGGGCAGCAAUGAAGAACUGAAGAAGCCAGAAGAAGAUGUAGAUGGCAGCAUUGAGAACAGUGGCAAGUGGAAGGGCCACCCCCCUGGACAGCUUGAAGAUACUGAAAAGGGAGGGCAGAAAGCAUCACUCCCUGUCUCCCAGACAGGGUCUUGGAGAAGAGGCAUGACUGCACAAGUAGGAUCGGCACCAUCAAGGAGCAAAACAGGAGCGAGUUCUCUGAAGACACCUGGAAAAACCGAUGAUGCAAAGGCCUCAGAAAAAGGAAAAACUCCCCUCAAAGGAGCUUCUAUCCAACGUUCUCCUUCAGAUGCAGGGAAAAGCAGUGGAGAUGAAGGGAAAAAGCCUCCUUCAGGCAUUGGGAGAUCAACUGCAACAGGUUCCUUUGGUUUCAAGAAAGCUGGUGUUGGCUCUUCAACGAUAAUCACUGCAAGCGGUGCAACUAUAACAAGUGGUUCAGCAACUCUGGGGAAGAUGCCCAAGUCUGCAGCCAUUGGUGGGAAGUCAACCGCAGGGAGGAAAACCAGCUUAGAUGGGUCACAGAAUCAAGAUGACGGUGUGCUACAUGUCAGCUCAAAGACCACCCUGCAGUACCGAAGUUUGCCGCGUCCUUCGAAAUCUAGUGCCAGUGGGAUUCCUGGUAGAGGUGGGCAUAGAUCCAGCACCAGCAGCAUCGACUCCAAUGUCAGCAGCAAAUCUGCAGGGGCCGCUGCCUCCAACAAACUGAGGGAGCCCACAAAGAUUGGCUCAGGGCGCUCCAGUCCUGUGACCAUCAACCAGACGGACAAAGAGAAAGAAAAGGUGGCCGUGUCUGACUCUGAGAGUGUGUCAUUGUCCAGCUCUCCGAAAUCAAGCCCAACCUCAGCCAGUGCCUGUGGAACAACACCAGGCCUCAGGCAGCCAGGGUCCAAAUACCCUGACAUUGCCUCGCCCACAUUUAGAAGGUUAUUUGGUGCUAAAGCAAGCGGCAAAGCUGCGACCGCACCAAAUGCAGAAGGUGCGAAAUCCACGUCCGCUAUGCCCAGUCCAAGCACAACGUUAGCUCGGCAAGGCAGUCUGGAGUCUCCAUCUUCAGGUACAGGAAGCAUGGGCAGCGCAGGUGGCCAGAGUGGUGGCAGCAGCCCCCUCUUCAGCAAACCCUCAGACUUAAAUGCAGAUGUUGUGAGUUUAAGUCACUCCUUGGCUUCCAGCCCAGCAUCUGCCCACUCCUUCACAUCAGGCGGUUUAGUAUGGGCUGCAAACCUGAGUAGUUCUUCUGCCGGCAGUAAAGAUACACCGAGUUACCAGUCCAUGACCAGCCUCCACACAAGCUCUGAAUCUAUUGACCUCCCUCUCAGUCACCAUGGCUCCCUCUCUGGAUUGACUACGAGCACUCAGGAAGUGCAGAGUCUGCUCAUGAGAACUGGAAGUGUGAGGUCUACUCUUUCCGAAAGCAUGCAGCUUGACAGAAAUACACUACCCAAAAAGGGACUAAGAUAUACCCCGUCCUCUCGUCAGGCCAGCCAGGAAGAAGGGAAAGAGUGGCUGCGUUCCCAUUCUACUGGAGGGCUGCAGGACACCGGGCAGCAGUCUCCCUUGGUAUCUCCUACGGCCAUGUCCUCCUCUGCAACUGGGAAAUAUUUUUCAAACUUAGUGAGUCCAACAAAUCUAUCUCAGUUCAAACUUCCUGGGCCCAGUAUGAUGAGAUCAAAUAGCAUCCCAGCACAAGACUCUUCUUUCGAUCUCUAUGAUGAUAACCAACUUUGUGGCAGUGCCACAUCCUUAGAGGAUAGACCACGUGCAAUCAGUCAUUCUGGUUCAUUCAGGGAUAGCAUGGAAGAAGUACAUGGGUCCUCAUUAUCACUGGUUUCCAGCACAUCUUCUCUCUACUCCACAGCUGAAGAAAAAGCACAUUCAGAGCAAAUUCAUAAACUACGAAGAGAACUUGUUGCAUCCCAGGAAAAAGUGGCCACCCUUACAUCACAGUUGUCAGCAAAUGCCCAUCUCGUAGCAGCUUUUGAAAAAAGCUUAGGAAAUAUGACAGGGCGGUUGCAAAGCCUAACAAUGACAGCUGAACAAAAGGAAUCAGAGCUCAUAGAACUACGAGAAACCAUUGAAAUGCUGAAAGCCCAGAACUCAGCAGCACAGGCUGCUAUUCAAGGAGCAUUGAAUGGCCCUGAUCACACUCAUAAAGAUUUGCGAAUAAGAAGGCAACAUUCCUCUGAAAGUGUUUCCAGCAUUAAUAGUGGCACCAGCCAUUCAAGUAUGGGCAGCGGUAAUGAUGCUGACUCCAAGAAAAAGAAAAAGAAAAAUUGGGUGAACUCUAGAGGAAGUGAGCUAAGAAGUUCCUUCAAACAGGCCUUUGGGAAGAAGAAAUCUGCCAAGCCUCCUUCCUCACAUUCUGAUAUAGAAGAAGUAACAGAUUCAUCUCUUCCAUCCUCACCCAAAUUACCCCACAACUCUGGAGAUUGUGGAACUUCAUCAAUAAAGCCAUCCCAGUCAACGUCUGCGUCAUCCCUAAUCUGGGCUCCAAAGAAAAGGCAAAACGGUCAUGUGAUCUACAAGCAUAGAUCCCGGAUCUGUGAAUGCACAGAAGCAGAGGCUGAAAUAAUUCUGCAGCUGAAAAAUGAACUCAGGGAGAAAGAGCUCAAGUUAACAGAUAUUCGCCUCGAGGCUCUCAGCUCAGCGCACCAUCUUGACCAGAUUCGAGAAGCCAUGAACCGCAUGCAGAAUGAAAUUGAGAUAUUGAAAGCUGAGAAUGAUCGUUUGAAAGCAGAGACUGGAAACCCUGGGAAGCCACCUCGGCCGUGUUCAGAGUCCUCAAGCAGCACAUCUUCCUCCUCUUCACGGCAAUCUUUGGGGCUCUCUUUGAAUAACUUGAAUAUCACUGAUUCGGUCACAUCAGAUGUUUUACUGGAAGAUGUUACAGAUGGCACACUCCAUAAAGAAGGCCAGAAUGUUAAAAUUAUAGUCACAAUAAACAAGGGCUAUGGUCGAUCCAAGGACCCAAAAAUACAGGCAUAUCUGAUAGGAUCUAUCGGGGUUAGCGGUAAAACAAAAUGGGAUGUGUUGGAUGGUGUUAUCAGGCGGAUCUUUAAGGAAUAUGUUUUCCGAGUGGAUCCAGCUACUAGUCUUGGUUUAGGCUCGGACUGUAUAACUAGCUAUUGUAUAGGUGACAUUGUGAGAUCUCAUAGCCAAGAAGUGCCUGAAUUGCUACCUUGUGGAUAUUUGGUUGGAGAUAAUAACAUAAUCACUGUGAACCUUAAAGGAGUAGAAGAAAAUAGUUUGGACAGCUUUGUAUUUGAUACAUUAAUUCCUAAACCAGUUAGUCAACGGUACUUUAAUUUAUUGAUGGAGCAUCACAGAAUUAUCCUGUCAGGACCUAGUGGUACUGGGAAGACCUAUUUAGCCAACAAGCUUGCUGAGUAUGUGCUAACUAAAUCUGGCAGGAAAAAAACAGAAAAUGCCAUUGCAACUUUUAACAUAGAUCACAAAUCAAGCAAGGAUGUGCAACAAUAUCUUGCUAAUUUGGUUGAACAGUACAACGCUGAUAACAGUAGUGCUGACCUUCCUGUGGUGGUAAUUCUUGACAACCUCCAUCAUGUUGGUUCUUGGAGCGACAUCUUCAAUGGUUUCCUUAACUGUAAAUAUAACAAAUGUCCCUAUAUUAUUGGAACCAUGAACCAAGGAGUUUCUUCUUCUCCUAACCUAGAAUUGCAUCAAAACUUCAGGUGGGUACUGUGUGCUAAUCACACAGAGCCUGUUAAAGGUUUCCUAUCCAGGUAUUUGAGAAGGAAACUGAUUGAGACAGAAAUAGAGAUGAAUGCUCGCAAUAAUGACCUCAUCAAGAUUAUUGACUGGAUACCUAAGACCUGGCAUCAUCUCAACAGCUUCUUAGAAGCGCACAGUUCUUCUGAUGUUACAAUUGGUCCUCGCCUUUUUCUGCCCUGCCCUAUAGAUGUUGAUGGUUCCAGAGUGUGGUUCACAGACCUCUGGAAUUAUUCCUUGGUGCCCUAUAUUAUGGAAGCUGUAAGAGAAGGACUUCAGAUGUAUGGUAAACGAGCACCUUGGGAAGAUCCUUUAAAGUGGAUAGCAGAGACUUGUCCGUGGAGUUCACUGCAGCACGACUGGUCAUCAUUACUUCAGCUAAGACCUGAAGAUGUUGGUUAUGAAGGCUAUUCAUCUGCCAAAGAAGGAACCACCUCAAAGCACAUUCCACAAACAGAGUCCGAAGGAGAUCCUUUGAUGAAUAUGCUAAUGCGGCUCAAAGAAGCAGCCAGUUACUCAAGCGCACAAAGCUGCGACAGUGAUACUGCCAGUCAUCAUGAUGAUAUUUUGGACUCUUCACUUGAAUCAACUCUCUAGAGGGAAUUGGGUGUGGUUAGAGAAAGCUGGUAAACCUCUUGCCACUUCAUGUGCUGCUGGUAUUUGAAGUGGCAUGUCCGCUGAAAGAGAGUAUGAGAGCUGUAUAGGCAAUCGACUUCACUCAAAAAAGUCAGGAAAGGAAAUCAAAAUGGGAAGUUUGAAUUCGUUUAAUUUCAAGACAUAUCAGUAUCAAUGGAGCUGAGUGAGACUCAAUCAAUUAACUGGAAAGGGCCUUUAAGAGGGGGACGACUAAGCAGAUUGCACAUGUAUUAGCCAAACUGGAAUCUCUGAGUUUUUUCCUCCCCUUCCGGUUUCAAACGUUUACAGUGAAGUCUUUUCUUUUACAUUUAAGUCUACUCUGAGGUGCUGCAUUGGUGGUCUUUUUGAUCCACCUCCUCUAACCUCUGUUGUGCCCCAUGGCACUCGUUACAGAACACGAAUAGUGUUUGAAUUGUACGCUGCUGUCCAUUCCAAAAUGAGUUGGGGAAAAAGAGAAAAUGAGAUGAAACUCAAUAAGCACAAACAGUAUUGUGCAAUUGCCAGUGAAACACUAUUGUGAUAUGCUGGAUAAGUGCCAAUUUGAUACUAAACUGCCAUGUUUGCAGUGAUGUGGUCCAUCAAGGUUUCUGAGGGAGGGGGAGGGCUGUGUAAAAAUCAUCUGUUUUAUAUACAAGUUGUUUUUAAUCACAGGGGUAUUUUUUUAAACACCUGCCCACCUCUUCAGAAUUUGUUUUUUUAAAAAGCCAAUUCUUAUCCAACAUUGACUAGAAGGCUUUCUUAGGGCUUUGUUUGUUUUGAGCCUUUUCGGUAUGUGUUGGGGAAACAGAACAUUUCCUAUGGUGCUGUCUCACUGCCUUAAAUCCGAUUUCUAGAACAGUUUUAUGGUUGGUUUAAUUUGUUAAACCAUUGAUUAUUUACACUGCUUUCUUUUUUCAUUUACUAAUGAGAGAGCAUCAGUGAACUCAGUAGCCUCAUUUCUGUAUAUCCUAUUGUUUUUUAAAUGAAGUGGCUAGAAGGACAAACUAUUGAUAUAGAUAUAUAGAUAGAUAGAUAUACAGUAUUUUUUAUCUUGUGUGAAUAGAUUGCUUACCAUCAAAAACAGUCAAGUGACCAAAAGCCACUGCCACCUAACUAUGUUGGGGGAAAAAGCCCAAGACAGUUGGUUCAAAUUCAUUUGGUUCUAUGGAAAGAGCUUAUUAAGACAGAAAGAGACAUUUGUUUAAAAAAAAAAAA